AGUAUUUAUUUUGAUGUGUCCCUAGAAAGUUCUACAGAUUGCUCGUAAUGAAAUAUGGUGGGAGAUCUUGAUUAGAAUAUAGGGGCAUGGGAGAUCUGGAGAAGAGAGAUUCGGAGCGUCCGAAUGGAGACAAGGCGGCUGCGGCGGGAGAGGAGGAAAUCGUUAGGGUGAAGAAUCGGGUUGCGGAGUUAGACCGGAAGAUUAUCGAAGAAAGUGUUGACGGAUUGGAGGGAUCGGCGGCCCAGCUUCCGCUGGCGGCGGCGGCGGUUUCCGUGGCCUUUGCAGCCGUCGUGAUCGUUUACUAUUUCAGAGCUUAUUUGAGGUCUAUCAAAUGCAUUUUGAGAGCCUUGACACAUUUCAAGGAGAGUACUGGGCUAUCCAUUAACCUCAGCAAAUCUCAAAUGGUGAUGGUAGGGGUGAGCCAGUUGGAAAAGAAGGAAGUAAUGGAAUGUGCUCGCAUUCCUGAAGGAGAAAAGGCCAUGAAAGCUGUUGAAACUGCGACAACUCGUAAAAAUACAAAACGAAAUGCAACCGCGGCGGAGUGAGUACUUUACAAAUUGAUGAGCCUACUUUUUCCUCUCUCUCUCUCUUGAACGUAGCCGUUCCGCCGUUCAUCUCCCUUCCUGGUGAUUCGUGCGACCGGAGAAUUACCAUCAUCAUAAACCCCCCACCCCAAACCCAAAUUAAUGAAACACAGUAGAAAAGAAGAAAUCACAAUCUUAAAAGCCACAGAUAUCAUCAGACAAUUCACAACUAACUCCUCUGCCCCUUGAGAGUGACUCAAGUUGGGCGCACUCUUAAUAUUGUCUCCUCUCUCUCUCUCUCUCUCUCUCUCUCUAAGCCUCCUUAGGGUUUUGAAUCCGUUUGCAAUGGCGUUGAAUCUACAGCUAUUCCGUGGGUGGCCUUCAAUCCCAAACAGGCCAGCAACAGAAACACAUGCAACCGAAAUCACAAGUCUUUUAAUACCGGAAAAUGGAAGAACAUGGAGGAGGGUUCUUGGGCUCUUUUACUGUAACAUGUAGACUGACAAGUACAUGGUUACUGCGUAGGGAAUGAAGCCAUCGGUCCGUCAAGAACGUUAAUAGUUGUAUCAUAUCAACUUUUUUCUUUCGUUUGAAUUUGCCCUUCAAUGAAUUUUGGUUUUUGUUUUUUGGAGAUUAUGCAUUCGUGGUUUUGCCCACGGGUUGGUUUGCAUGGGGUUUUUUACAGAAUGUUUUUGUCAAACUUACAAGGUUAAAAAGAUUGUGGCCAGUUGCAGCCCCCCAACCCCACCCCUACCUCUUUAUUUAUAAAAGUGUUUUAUUAGG